UCCACCAUUCACCAACCCCAUUCAAACUCUCUUCAUCAGCAAUGAAAUUUAUCACAUUGAAAGAUUUAGCAGCUGCAUUUCAUCGGUAACAUACUCAUUAACCCCUCGAUUUAACCAAAUUUACAGUCUUUGCCACCAUGGCCGCCGUUGCUAUUAAAUCCGCCGCAUUCGGUGGACGAUCUUCAAAUCUGACGGAUACCCAUUUCAAUUCGAUCCGUUUUAGGAAACCCCUUUUCGGGUUUCGAGAUAAUGUUGGAAUAAAAUGGGGGAAUUUGAAUCUGCAAGGUGGCGGCUUGAAAAACAGAGAGGCGGUUGUGGAUGGUGGAAAAAGAAGAGGGUGGGGGGUGGUGAGGUGUACGGCGGAGGGGUUAGAGAGGGGGUUACUGGGAAGAAGAGGGCAUGAGGGUAAUUUUGCUAUACCGGAGAGGUUAAAGGUGGUGGCUUUGAUGGCUUGUGUGAUGUGUUUGUGUAAUGCUGAUAGAGUUGUUAUGUCUGUGGCUAUUGUUCCUCUUGCUGCCAAACAUGGGUGGAGCAGUUCUUUUUUGGGAAUUGUGCAGUCGUCUUUUUUAUGGGGAUACAUUUUUUCAUCUAUCGUUGGUGGAGCGUUGGUGGACAAAUACGGCGGGAAACGAGUGAUAGCUUGGGGUGUAUUCUUGUGGUCUUUAGCAACACUUAUUACUCCAUGGGCUGCAAAUCAUUCAACAUUCGCCCUUUUAGCUGUGCGAGCUUUCUUUGGUCUUGCUGAAGGUGUUGCUAUGCCUUCAAUGAACAUCAUUUUAUCGAGGUGGUUUCCAUGUAACGAGCGAGCUACGGCCGUUGGUUUAUCUAUGGGUGGAUUUCACCUUGGUAAUGUUGUGGGAUUGGUACUAACACCUAUAAUGAUGUCAUCAAUUGGGCUUUCGGGCCCGUUCUAUCUUUUCUCAUCUCUCGGGCUUCUAUGGCUAACAACAUGGGCACUUCGGGUUACAAAUGACCCACAAGAUAGUAGUUCAAUAAGCACCUCUGAGUUGAGAUUAAUUCAAGCAGGAAAGUCAAAUGCUCCUCCUCCAAAGAAGGGAGAACUUCCUCCGUUACGCCUUCUGUUAUCCAAAAUGCCCACAUGGGCCAUCAUUUUUGCUAACGUUACUAACAAUUGGGGAUACUUUGUUCUCCUCUCAUGGAUGCCCGUUUAUUUUAAAACCGUGUUUAAUGUAAACUUAAAGCAAGCAGCUUGGUUUAGUGCACUUCCAUGGGGAACAAUGGCUUUCUCAGGGUAUGUUGCAGGUGCUGCUUCUGAUUAUUUACUAAAAGCAGGACACUCCCUGACUUUUGUCAGAAAAGUCAUGCAGUCGAUUGGUUUCAUUGGGCCUGGAUUGGCUUUGCUUUGCUUAAAUUAUGCCAACACACCGGUGGUUGCAUCAGUGUUCCUCACAGUGGCACUCAGCUUGAGCUCUUUCAGUCAAGCUGGAUUCCUCUUGAAUAUGCAAGAUAUUGCACCGCAGUAUGCAGGAUUUCUCCACGGAAUUUCAAACUCUGCUGGGACAUUGGCUGCAAUAGUGAGCACAAUAGGGACAGGUUACUUUGUGCAGUGGCUGGGAUCAUUUCAAGCGUUCUUAACCGUAACAGCAGGCCUAUACUUCGUCACAGCCAUAUUUUGGAACCUUUUCGCGACCGGUGAACGAGUCUUUUAGAUUUUUAUACUAGAAAAAAAAGAUCAAAAUGAAUCGAAAACAUGUUGCGAAAACUAUAUUUAUUGAUAGGGAGGUGAAGUUAUAGUGAUUCUUUUGUGCAUACAGUGUGUUAAGGUCAAGGUUGGAGCCUUUUAUGCUAUAGGAACUUGGAUAGAAUAUAUAUAUUUGAUUUUUGUAUUAUUAUGUAAAAUGAUUCUGAAAGUUAUAAAUGGAAAUUACACCUUUGGUUUCUUGA